UACAUCCAUACUCGCACCCUCAGUGAGGGGCACAGUGACAGCAUUAACUCCCUUGCUUUUUCUCAUUGCGGAAAGUAUCUCGCCAGUGGCAGUGAUGAUAAAUGUGUCAUCAUAUGGAGGCUGGAUGAUGGCUCCAUCUUGUACCACCUUCUUCUCGAUUCCUCAGUGACUGUCGUAUUCUGGCAUCCAGCACUGAGAGAUACUGUUAUAAUUGGGUGUGAGGACGGUAAUCUUGCUAAUCUCAUAUCAUUGCAAUCCAAGGACAAUUUCUCCCACAAAGAUUUUGACCUAGGAGUCGACGGGCCUGUACACUGCUUGGAGUAUGAUACAGAUACCAGAUGUUUUGCACUUAGCAUUGGCCAUCACGUCUACAUCGCGCAUGAGUCUCGCGAGUGCCAGUUCCUUGCUUCACGAGUCUCAUUCAAGGUCCCUCAACCGUCGGAGGAAUCAACUGGUGACAACGCCCAACCCGUUCGAGCAAGAGGGCUUCAUUUUCACAAGAACGGAACAACAUCAAUGCUAAUUGUAUCAUACCUCCAUCACAGAGUCAUGUGGGUGCUCUGUCAUCACGCUCUUCUUCGCUUG